AUGUUGACAGACAUUUCGCCGACGCAUGCCAUAUACGGUACUCAAAUGAUACCGGGAAUGAAUGGCAUAAACGGUAUCAACGGUAUCAAUGGCAUAAACGGUAUUAAUUCAUUCAAUAUGAACAUGAAUGUCAAUAUACCGACGCCGAGGAAUAGUGUGGACCAUCCAAGUUUAAGAGGGACGCCACUGGCCAUGUUGGCUGCCCAGUGUAAUAAGUUAUCCUCAAAGUCGCCGCCGCCACUGGCGGACGCUGCCGUCGGCAAAGGUUUUCAUCCUUGGAAGAAAUCACCAUCAGGUCAACAUUCUCCUCUAGGUGUCACCUCGUCCAACAACAACACCACAUCAUCCCCGCUGACAUCAUGCAGCCUGACGUCACCAGUGACGUCAUCGGCGUCACGUCACCUACCGCCAUCCCCUGUAGCCACACCGCCCUCGUACGCGUCACCAGGAGCAGUGACAUCAUCGGUCAGUGGUCAACUGACACCAUCAAGUACCAGCAGCAAUGUAAAUACACCAUUGAACCAACGUCAUCUACUAUCCAAUCAUUCGAAUCACUCGACAACGUCCCUGCACCACGCAAACUCCUAUCACCAGUCACCAUCGGCAUCGGAUUUGUACUUUGCUCAUGGUUUGGGAAGUACUGGUAAUAGUGGUAAUGGUGGAAAUGGCGGUAACGCCGCUGGUGCUGGUUCUGGUAAUAGUGGUUACAAUGAUGCCCUGUUGCGCCACCCGUACGACGCCACUUGGCCCUUUAAUGCUGCAAAUCCUUACAAAACUGCUAGUGGAAGUGCAGAUCACCACCAUCAGUCUGGUGCAUCUGCAAAUACACCAGCGACCUGGUGGGAUCCAGUGACCUCAAUGCAGUGGUUAGAGAGUGCAAGAGACAUGGCAGCAGCUGCAGCCGUUACCCCUGCUUACCAUCAUCACCAUCACGCGACAGAUUAUUCAACAGCCUUGAGUAUGGCGACAGGACACCAUCAUCAUGGGUUGUCGUUACAGGAUACUUAUAAAACUAUGCAAGGUUCGUUUGGUUUGCACCACGCGACGGCAAGUGUACCUCCGGCUACUUCACAAGCCCUGCAGACACACCAGACACCGAGUCCGAGAUCUCAAAGAAGAUACACAGGUCGAGCAACCUGUGAUUGUCCCAACUGCCAGGAAGCAGAGCGUUUAGGGCCAGCAGCAGGUGCCCAUUUACGAAAAAGAGGCGUCCACUCCUGCCACAUACCAGGCUGUGGUAAAGUCUACGGCAAGACAUCACAUCUUAAGGCACACCUAAGGUGGCACACAGGCGAACGUCCAUUUGUCUGCAACUGGUUGUUCUGCGGAAAACGAUUCACCAGAUCUGAUGAACUCCAAAGACAUCUCCGUACCCACACUGGCGAAAAAAGGUUUGCCUGUCCAGUUUGCAACAAACGAUUCAUGAGAAGUGAUCAUCUAGCCAAACAUGUAAAAACUCAUACGUCUGGUGGUUCUGGCGGUUCAGGGAAUGGUUCUGGAGGUUCGGGAAAGAAGGGUUCAUCCGAAUCUUGUUCGGAUUCUGGUGAAGAAACGAGUCAACAAGGUGCAAAUCAAGGUAGCCCUCAAGGACAUAUACAAUUGUUGGAUAUCAAACCGAAUACAGGAGGUUUGAUUUGA